GGAAAGCCAGCUUGGGAGUUUCCCGAGUUGGGAGUGAGAGAUAAUGUUGCGAUCAAUUUCAGUAGUGUUGCUCCUCCUGUGUUUUGUGUCCUCCUCUUCUUCCUCAGUCUCUGGUUCAGAAUUAGAAUUUGAAAUAGAGACGUCCUCAGCAGAAGAAGAAUAUAGCAGAGAUGACUUCCCACCCCCCGGUGGCUUUGUCUUUGGUGCUUCCUCCUCUGCUUAUCAGGUGGAAGGCGCCGCCGACCAAGAUGGGAGGACCCCAAGCAUAUUUGACACCUUUGCCUAUGCUGGGAAUUAUGAUGGAGCCAAUGGAGAUGUUGCAUGUGAUGCAUAUCACAAAUACAAGGAAGAUGUGCAGCUCAUGGUGGAUACUGGUUUGGAGGCAUAUAGAUUUUCCAUCUCAUGGUCAAGGCUUAUACCAAAUGGAAGAGGAGCUGUCAAUCCAAAGGGUCUUCAAUAUUACAAUAAUCUUAUUGAUGAACUAAUCACCCAUGGAAUCCAGCCACAUGUUACUUUACACCACUGUGAUCUCCCACAGCAACUUGAAGAUGAUUAUGGAGGAUGGGUUAGUCGAAAGAUUAUAAAGGACUUCACUGCAUAUGCAGAUGUGUGCUUUGAAAAAUUUGGUGAUAGAGUUUCACAUUGGACUACUAUGAAUGAGGCUAAUGUUUUUGUACUUGGAGGUUAUGACAUUGGAUUUCUUCCACCACAACGCUGUUCAGCUCCAUUUGGUGUAAAUUGCUCAAGGGGUAACUCCUCAACUGAGCCAUACAUGGCUGCUCAUCAUAUGUUGCUAGCUCAUGCAUCGGCUGCUAGAUUGUACAAGAAAAUUUACCAGGAGAAACAGCAAGGAUUUAUAGGGAUCAAUGUCCUUGCCAUUUGGUUUGUUCCUCACACGAAAACCACUGAAGAUGAACUUGCCACUCAAAGAGCUCUUGACUUCUACAUUGGUUGGUUUAUCAAUCCCUUGGUGUUUGGAGAUUAUCCUGAUUCGAUGAAAAAGAAUGCGGGCUCAAGACUUCCUGUCUUCACGAGUCUUGAAUCCAGAAGUGUUAAGGGUUCAUUUGACUUCCUGGGACUUAAUUAUUAUUACACAGAUUACAUCAAGGACCACUCCAGCAGCCUGAAGAUGGAGAACAGAGACUUCAAUGCAGACGUGGCAGCUAUUCCGAUAUCUAUGCAAAGUAAUUCGUCAGCCUUUGAGUACUCGACAGCUAGCUGGGGCCUGAAAGAACUGUUGGAAUAUUUCAAGCAAAGUUUUGGCAAUCCGCCUAUGUACAUCCAUGAAAAUGGUCAACGGACACAUCGCACAUCAUCAUUAAAGGACUGGCUGAGGGUAAAAUAUUUGCGUGGACACAUUGGGAGUCUGCUCAAUGCUUUAAGGAAUGGAUCAAACACUCGAGGGUAUUUUAUAUGGUCGUUCCUGGAUUCGCUUGAGCUGUUGGAUGGCUAUAAAUCGAGCUACGGCCUAUACUACGUUGAUUUGGACGACCCUGAUCUGAAAAGACAUCCCAAACUCUCUGCUCAUUGGUACUCCCAGUUUUUAAAGAGGCAAAAUAUCACUGCAGUCUGAUAACACAAUGGUAGAAACCUUGCUACAUGAUCUCUCCAUGAUAGUUUUAUUAAACAAAAUUGACUGAGGUGUUCUGUUUUAUGGGUGCACAUGUAUGUUGGAUUAGAGGCGUUAUCUCUUUAUUUUUUCUCGCA